GCAUCAUUUGGUUAAGAAGGAUUGUCUAAAUUUAACUAUUGCAAGUUGAAUAAAUGUCCCACAGCUAAAUGCUGAUAAUGCGAAUCGGUGGUUUUACUAUUUUGGUAGUAGUGGCCAUGGCAGGAGCGGAGGAAGGAACGACCGACAGCUCAGGAUAUCAGCCCCCCGCGUUCUGUCGCGGCGUGGACUGUCCAAGGUUCACAAUCAUCAAGACCGAAAAGGAGUUCGAGAUACGUAAAUAUGAGGUAUCGUACUGGACAAGCACUGACAUGUACGAAAUGGAUCUUCAGGAUGCAUUCAGGACUGGAUUCAGGAGGCUAUUUAAAUACAUCACAGGAGAAAAUGAAAACAAGGAGAAACUCGCCAUGACGUGUCCAGUCCUCACUAAGAUCAAGCCAGGUCCCGGUCCAACAUGCGAGAGCAACUUCACCCGGAGUUUCAUGGUUCCCUUCUCACACCAACCCAGUGCGCCUGCGCCAACGGACAAGGACGUCUACCUCAAUUCCAUGCCGGAGAUGACAGUAUAUGUCAGAUCGUUUGGGGGUUUCGCCAGUGAGACAGACUGGAUCCAAAACGCCGCGGAUCUCGCCCAGGCCAUCGGCAACGCCAGUCUAUUCGACGACUCCCAUUUCUAUACCGCUGGGUACGACAGCCCCUACCGACCAACGAACAGGCACAACGAAGUCUGGUUCCUUGCCAAAUGAAAGGGACGCAUGUAGGGAUCGAAAUGUCACUGCCAAGGAGAAGUAGUGUGCAAUCGAUCAGGGGCCGUUCAACGUGUGGACUUUAAAAAAAUAUCAGGAAAGCUUUUACACCAUGUAGUAAUCUUCAAAUUCGUAAGUGCUCUUAAGACUACACUCCUACGCAGUGAUUGAAGUUUAUAGAAUCGGACUUGAGGAAAGACUUGCGUUUGAACAUCACCACUGCUCUCGGAGUGUAAUUCAUUAUCAUUAAUGCUGUGGACUCAGACGGUCAUGUAAGGUAAAGUGGUGCAAUUAUUAUAGCCUCUGUACUCCUGCAGUAUAGUGUAAUUAAUGCAUACAGAGGUGACAAUAAUGCAGUUUCACCUUUGUAGAAACUAAAUGUUGAAAUCA